AUGAACCAUUUAAGUCAAUACGAAACACCAACAGUUUACACAGUCAAAACGACAAAACAACACGCUAACUUCCACAUCCCCCUGGGCAUCCUUUCGGAAACCCACCGCGCCCGCUGUCUCCCUGCCCUCCCCGCCGCCUCCUGUCUCUUGUCUCUGUCUCUGCCUCCCCCACGCCCCCACCACGACUCCGCCGCCGACGGGGCCCGCGUCCUGCGCGGCGGGCCCGAGUCUGCGGAGCCGGGGCUGUCACGCCAGCCGCGAGAAGACUCGAGCGCCAGCCCUGAGCGCAACUGCGGAGCGCGGCUCGGGGAGCCAGCGGGAGAAUGUCCGGCUCCGGAGCGGCGUCCGCGCACUUUCCGCCGCCCGGGAGCUAAGCCACAAACCAGGAGCUCCUCGCCCGGCGCGAUUGGCUGCGGGGAGAGAAGAGACAAGCGCCGGGCCAAUCAGAGCAGCGGUUGUUGGCGGGGGCGGGGCGCGCACCGGGACGCGGGCGGGAGCGGCGCCGAUGGCAAACAGCUGUCGGCGGCGUCGCGCGCACCCGGCGGGCAGGAAGGGCUCCCGGCCCCGUGCGGGCGGCGCCGGCGCCGGGAACCCUCUGCUGGAGGGAGGACCGCACCCGCGGCGCGGGGCGAGUGGCGCAGAAGGCCAGGUGACGAGCAGCGGAGCCCGGGUGCUGUCACAGCUUCCUGUUUAAAGCCUCACGACGGCCCACGCACGAGAAAAAAUAAAACAUGGGACCAUUUUAAAAGCUCACGAAAUCUAAGUCGAGGAGAAAUGUAAAGCAUAACUGAAAAGCGUGCGGUGUGGAAAGCGGAGUGCUGAAAGAUAACGACCAGCGCGCGUUCCAGACCAAGAACAACUCGAACGGGACAACUAGGAGGAACCAGGCGCAAGCACUUACAAAUGCACCGCGGUUUCUAUCCCAGAGCCGCCAACGGGAGGCCGCCCGGGGCCACCAACCUGCUCGGGUCCAGGGAGGUCAGUGCCUCGCUCUUCGUACCGGACAUCAAACUUCCACAUUUUAACUUUUAAAUACAACAGGAAGUAUUUCCCAUGUAUUAUGCUCCUAAACCAUCAUAUUCUUAAGCCACGUAUGACUGGAAGUAGUGAGGGCCACCAUCAAAUUGAUUCCACCCAGAACAAGAUCCCGAAGAAAAGAUCCACUGAGUGCAAAGUUCACACCCCUAGAAUUUGGGGAAACAGCUUAUUGGUUUCUCUCACAGCGAUUGAUCUGUGAGAAAAGUUUCAAGGCUAUCAAUAUAAGUAAAAUUCUAUCUAAAAUCCACUGAAUACAAUAAGAAUCCAUGAGUCCAGCCUGAUGUGAAGGAAUGAUCAAGUAAAUAAAAAGGAAAGCUCUUCCUUAAAGGAGAUUCCCAACUAAUCAGUAAAAAAAAAAAUGUUGGGAUUAGAAAAUCGUCAUUUGGCAAUCAUCACAGUAAGAUUAAUUCAGGCAAGAAUCAUAAAGGGAUGCUAAAAGUAGGUUAAAGUUGGAGGAGUAACAAAAUACAUAGCCUCAGAAUAUCUCCCCAUAAAAUAUUUAUUUGUUACAAAAGAAAAAAAACACUUUUGUAAUAAGACAUAUCAACAUCAUAUGUCUCCUGAUAUAAUGCACAGAAAACAGAGCAUCACUUAUGGUAGAUUUCUACCCAAAAUGCAUACAUCGAAUCUAAUCAUGAUGAAACAUAAGAGAAGCUCAAACUUUGGGACAUUCUACAAAAUAACCAACCAGUUCUCAAAACUGAAAGGUUGUAAAAAACAAAGACUAAGGUACCAGCCAAACACAUGAGACAUGACAACCGAAUGUGAAAACGUUUUAUUUUCCUACAAAGAGAUGAC